CUUGUGGAUCCUCUCUUGACAUAUAGAACUCCUAAGAUAAAUGUCAAAAAUUAUAUAAAUAGUGAAAAUAUCUUUCUUAGCAUCAUUACCUUUUUGAUGGAAUACUAUAAAAAAAUGCAUUACUAACUCGGAUCAAUCGAAAAAAUACUAAAAAGGUAAUACUUAAUCAACUACAAAGCAAAAUCUAUGUAUUUCUUCUUUUUAAUAAAUAAUUUAACAUAAAAUAUCUAUUAUGAAUACAAAUACUCCAGAAACAAUCAAAGCGACAAAAUCAAAUAGUUCUAAUUCCGCAAUUUUUUAUUUCACCGUUGAGAAAAUCGAUUUUAAUGAUCCUACAAAAAUGUUAAAAUUUAAGACGCAAUUAGCACAUUAAAUCGCUAAAAAAUGAAGUAAUAUAAGCUAUUUAUCUUUUAGACUUUUACGAAAACCAUUUCCAAUUUUGAUCUGAUUAUA